AGCACAAUCUCGUGGCUUGGUGUCCCUCUCCCCCCCCCCCCCCAGUAGUACGACUGGUGGUUUGCGCCCGACGGUGAGAUCGGGCCUGUCUGUCGGUGGAUUGUUAGAACGGAGAAUUUCAAGCUGCUUCUUGUUCAUUCCUCUCCCUCCUAAGCCCCCCUUGCUUUGUGGUUUGGUCUGGAGUUGUAUUCACUUGCUUUAACCUACCUGAGUUUUGUGUGUGUCGAGAGGGACUUCCCUGUUUCCUCCUCCGUUGAGGUCGCCUCUUCCCCGCCUUCUUUCCUCUUUUUCUCCUGUUAUCUUUCCCUCUGUCUUGUGUAUACCUCUUGUGUGUUUCCCCCACCCGGGCUCUUCGCUCGUUUAUGGACUGGGAGAGGUGUUAGUGUCAUGUCCGUCAACUCUCUUCCCUCCCCGUCCUCUUCGUCCCCGCUCGGUCGGAAUCGCUCCUCCAUCCUAUCCAAAUUUCGCUCACAGUUGGGUCAACGGAACCGUAGCAUCACCGACUUCUAUAUCGAACCCGACGAUCCAUGGCGCUCUUAUUUUCCCGGCGACGUGAUUAAAGGCACCGUCGUGUUGACGGUUGUCCGACCCGUUCGAAUAACGCAUAUGGUGGUGUGUUUGUAUGGGGUUGUCAAGGUUUUCAAAAAUAACGCCCCGGCCGGCGAAGCGCUUCCGGACCUGGGGUUUCUAGGCCCUGGACGCGGGCGUCGCGGUGCGGAGUAUUUGGGUAAUGGUGUCGCGACCUUGUUCGAAGAUGAGGUUGUUCUUUGCGGCGAAGGACGUCUCAAGGAGGGAGUUUACAAAUUUCGCUUUGAGAUGUCAUUCCCUCCGUAUGCUUUGCCCAGCAGCAUCAGCUUCGAACGAGGAACUAUCUCUUACUUGCUUUCAUCCACUCUAACAAAACCCACAACGAUAAACCCUACACUGUCCUGCCGAAGACGCAUUAAUUUACUAGAAAAUAUUGAUAUCGCUCCUUUCCCGGCGCCCAAAGCCCGGGUAGUCACACUCGAGCCUGUUUCGAGGCGCUCAAAAUCCAAAGCAAAGGCCAAAUCAGCCGGAUCAGACGCGCCGGACUCGGGAUCGCUUGAGCCACCAGCAAAUGGCGGGGCUGCUGGCACAGACCACCGUCCUCCUUUAAGCCCAGCACCCAGCAAUGUCAGCUCUUCAAGUCGGCUCAGUAAUAGUAGCCAGAGUUUCCAAAUCGUCACCGAUCCGGGUUCGGCUGCGAGUAACGGCGUCCGUAACAGCGAGGCCCGGAGCACCACCCCUUCCGCUUCUGACAAAAUCAUCACAGCUAAGGCUGAAGUCCUGCGCGCUGGCGUGCUUCCUGGUGAUACAUUACCCAUAAAGAUUACUAUUAAUCAUUGCAAACAAGUGCGCAGUGCGCAUGGAAUCAUCAUUACCCUUUACAGACAAGGGCGUAUUGACCUUCACCCGGCCAUCCCGAUUGGAAAUCAGACCGAUGGCAAAAAGCUAGUCUAUGAAGAUUGUUAUCCGCGGUCUCGGACAGGUCUAGGGGGCCUUUCUAUUGGCACUAGUCGCACCAGUAGUGUUUUUCGAAAGGACUUGACACAAACAUUUGCGCCACUGGUUGUCGAUCCUACAACGUUGACCGCUGUUGUUAAGACAUCGAUCCGCAUACCUGAGGAUGCAUUCCCCACUAUUACACGCACCCCUGGCAGCAUGAUCAACUUCCGAUACUACGUGGAGGUGGUUGUUGAUCUCCGUGGCAAACUGACUUCACCAGAGCGAUUCCUGCCACGCUUCAAUCUGGUCACCUCCGGAGGCAAUUACUCUUCAAGUGGGCAAGUGCUCAAUCCAUCCGAUAGCGGUGGGAGUGCAAUUACAGCCAACUGGGGAGGAAAUAUUCUGGAUACGGACCAGAUCCGCCGCGAGAAGGGAGUUGUUGCUAUAGCAUUUGAGGUUGUUAUCGGAACCAGGGACUCUCAUCGACGAAAGAGUGAAGUCAGGCGUACAUCGUCUGCUGCAGACGGCUCCGAUUUCCAGCCGUCAGUGGGCAAUUCUACAGACAGGGAAUUCUGGUCCCCUGAUCAAGGCCCCGCCUCUCCCCCCGGACCCGAGUCCUUUGAGUAUCCUCCGCACGAGGACCAUCCCGGAUUUGGGCCAGAAUAUUUUCCUUGGUCGGAGUAUCCGGAAGACCAUCAGCACCCACAGCCUUACCCACUCCAAGGGGACAUAUUCCCCAGCCCACAGUCCGAGGAACCAGUCGACGAGAAGACGCGAUUACGACGCGCUGAACAGACGCUCUUGCCUAGUCAGCCACCGACCGAUCCUGAGGCUGGACCAUCUUCUGCAGCGGAGAUGUCGGUCCCUACUGCGCCUGUGCUUCCAGACGAUGAUCAUAUCCACGACUAUCAUCACCUGUCCUCACCCCCUGCCGGUGGGGUGAGCGGGAUGUCCUCAGCAUUCAUGUCUGCGGAGUCCGUCCAAACCGUAGUUGCAGGUAGCAGCUCUGCGCCACUCCAUGAGCCCUCAGCCGUGGAGGAUAAGUUGGAGCUGGAGCGACAGCGGUUGCUGAUGGAAGCGAGUGCCCCGGAUGACCCAGAUGGUCAUGGCCAGCAUGCGGAUGAUGGACCGAGUGCGCCAGUUUUCCAUGAUGAUGAUGAUGAUGAUGAUGAUGAUGAUCACCAGCUGGUUGGAGGAGCGGCAAAUGGAGACGAGCUGUUACCUCGAUAUCAACGGUGAUAAAAGUGAUUUCCCCGUGAUUUUGACUGGGCUGAUUUAGUUUAUUAUAUUUGCAUUGCGUUUGGGAUAACUGGGAGAUACCACAUUGUUUGUUCUACAGUGAAUUAUAAUUUAUAUUAAAUAUUUGUUCCAUAUCACGAAACAGGGCAUGUAUGGAUUGCCGCUGUACAGAAAAUGCAACCAU